GCUCGCUGUGGGAGGCGGGGGCGCUCUCCGUGGCCCCGCUGCCUCCGUGAUGAUGCCGUCCUAGUGAGGGAUGAUGACAGGCAGAAGAGGAGGAGGAGGGGAGCAGAGUCGCCGCCGCUGUUGGCAGCCCUGUUCCUUGCUUACCUCGCCGGCAGUUCCUGGCUCCCGCUGCCAGGCUGCGCAUCGCGCCGCCUUGCCGACGGGCGGCGGGGUGGCCGUGGGUUUGUGGUGAGAGGUUUGUCCUCUCUAGGUGCUCUGUCCCCCGCCGAGCAGGGCUUGUGUCUCCUUUCUCCUCCUCCUGCUUCCUUCCCCGCCGCACACGCUGCCGGACGAGGCCGGCCGGGAGCGGGAGCAGCGGCGCUCGCCGCCGCCUAAGGAAACCCUGACCAUGUCGAGCAAGGGCAGGAAGAGCAAGGAGCAGGGGAGAGUGACCUUCCCCCCGCAGCAGGAGGAGGAGGAGGAAGGGGCAGAGGAAGAGGAGCAGCAGCGCCGGCGCCGCGGCUGGAGAGGCGUCAAUGGGGGGCCGGAGCCCCCUCCGCCGCCGCAAAGAGCUGUCAAAACCCUCCGGGAGCCCUACGGAUACUACCCGCCCCCCCCUUUUGCCAGCACCAUGUACAUCGAAGAGAGCCCGUCCCUGAGGCGGAUGACCAUGAUGAGGGAGAAGGGAAGGCGGCAGGCCAUCCGGGGCCCGGCCUUCAUGUUCAACAACAGGGGCACGAGCCUGACGGCCGAGGAGGAGCGGUUCCUGGACGCCGCCGAGUACGGCAACAUCCCCGUGGUGCGCAAAAUGCUCGAGGAGUCCAAGACGCUCAAUGUCAACUGCGUUGACUACAUGGGCCAGAACGCCUUGCAGCUCGCUGUGGGGAAUGAACAUUUGGAAGUGACAGAACUUCUGUUAAAAAAAGAGAACUUGGCACGGAUUGGAGAUGCCCUGCUGCUCGCAAUCAGCAAGGGUUACAUUAGGAUAGUGGAAGCAAUUUUGAAUCAUCCUGGGUUUUCGGUAAACAAGCGACUGACUCUGAGCCCUUGUGAGCAGGAGCUCCAGGAUGAUGAUUUUUAUUCCUAUGACGAAGACGGUACCCGCUUUUCUCCAGACAUCACUCCCAUCAUUUUAGCCGCCCACUGCCAAAAAUACGAAGUCGUGCACAUGCUGUUGAUGAAAGGAGCGAGGAUAGAAAGACCUCAUGAUUAUUUCUGCAAAUGUAAUGACUGUACAGAGAAGCAAAAACAUGAUUCUUUCAGUCACUCUAGGUCAAGAAUAAAUGCCUACAAAGGACUGGCCAGUCCGGCUUAUCUGUCCCUCUCCAGCGAAGAUCCAGUGCUCACUGCACUCGAACUCAGCAAUGAACUUGCCAAGUUGGCCAACAUUGAAAAAGAAUUCAAGAACGACUACCGCAAGCUGUCCAUGCAGUGCAAGGACUUCGUGGUUGGCGUCCUGGACCUGUGCCGGGACUCAGAGGAGGUGGAGGCCAUUCUGAACGGGGACCUGAACGCGGAGCCGCUGGAGGCGCAGCGGCACCGCGCAUCCCUGAGCCGCGUCAAGCUGGCCAUCAAGUACGAAGUCAAAAAGUUUGUGGCCCAUCCAAACUGUCAGCAGCAGCUCCUGACCAUCUGGUAUGAAAACCUCUCAGGAUUACGGGAGCAGACCAUAGCUAUCAAGUGUCUGGUGGUGCUGGUUGUGGCACUGGGCCUUCCCUUUCUAGCCAUUGGUUAUUGGAUUGCACCAUGUAGCAGGCUUGGAAGAAUUCUUCGAAGCCCAUUUAUGAAAUUUGUGGCACAUGCAGCAUCCUUCAUUAUUUUCCUAGGCCUGCUGGUGUUCAAUGCUUCAGACAGAUUCGAGGGCAUAACCACGCUGCCCAAUGUCACUGUCACUGAUUACCCCAAGCAGAUCUUUAGGGUGAAGACCACCCAGUUCACCUGGACAGAAAUGCUGAUCAUGGUGUGGGUUCUUGGUAUGAUGUGGUCAGAAUGCAAAGAGCUGUGGCUGGAAGGACCCAGGGAAUACAUCUUGCAGUUAUGGAAUGUUCUGGAUUUCGGGAUGCUGUCCAUUUUUAUUGCUGCUUUCACAGCCAGGCUCCUGGCAUUCCUUCAGGCCACAAAAGCACAACAGUAUGUGGACAACUACAUUGAGGAGAACGACCUCUCCGAGGUCACACUUCCUCCAGAAAUUGAAUACUUUACUUAUGCUAGAGAUAAAUGGCUCCCAUCUGAUCCUCAGAUAAUAUCUGAAGGCCUUUAUGCAAUUGCUGUUGUUCUCAGCUUUUCUCGGAUUGCCUACAUCCUGCCUGCAAAUGAGAGUUUUGGGCCCUUGCAGAUCUCCCUUGGAAGGACUGUUAAGGACAUCUUCAAGUUUAUGGUCCUUUUUAUUAUGGUAUUUCUUGCAUUUAUGAUUGGAAUGUUCAUACUGUACUCCUACUACCUUGGAGCUAAACUGAACCCAGCCUUUACGACAGUGGAAGAAAGUUUCAAGACCUUAUUUUGGUCAAUAUUUGGCUUGUCUGAAGUAACCUCUGUUGUCCUCAAAUACGAUCACAAGUUCAUUGAGAACAUUGGUUAUGUUCUUUAUGGCAUAUACAAUGUCACAAUGGUGGUGGUUCUGCUCAACAUGCUGAUUGCCAUGAUCAACAGUUCAUAUCAAGAAAUUGAGGAUGACAGUGAUGUAGAGUGGAAGUUUGCUCGUUCUAAACUUUGGCUGUCGUAUUUUGAUGAUGGAAAAACAUUACCUCCACCCUUCAGUCUUGUACCAAGCCCCAAAUCUUUUUUCUAUUUCAUCAUGAGGAUCAUUAACUUUUCCAAGUGCAGGAGGAGACGGCUACAGAAGGACAUUGAAAUGGGAAUGGGAAACUCCAAAUCAAGGUUAAACCUUUUCACUCAGUCAAAUUCCAGAGUUUUUGAAUCCCACAGUUUUAACAGCAUUCUCAAUCAGCCAACACGCUAUCAGCAAAUAAUGAAGAGACUGAUAAAACGCUACGUUCUGAAAGCACAAGUGGACAAAGAAAAUGAUGAAGUCAAUGAAGGUGAAUUAAAGGAAAUCAAACAGGACAUCUCCAGUCUUCGCUAUGAACUGUUGGAGGAUAAGUCCCAAGCAACAGAAGAGUUGGCAAUUUUAAUACAUAAACUCAGUGAGAAAUUAAAUCCCAAUAUGCUGAGAUGUGAAUGAUUCAACAAAGGAACCAUGGCUUCGAUGACAGCACAACUAUUUAUUGGCAAUAAUAUUUCAGUAUCUUAUACUUGAAAAAAUGUAUUGUAGAUUUUUAGCACUAAAUAACUUUAUGUACAGCUUCUCUGGAAUUUAGUCUUAGGAACUUUUAACUCACCACAAAAAGAUUGCUCUCUUCAUUUUAAUUGUCUAAAAGCAAGAACUAUCAUAACAUUUUUUUGCAUUUAUGCAUUAAAAAGGUAUAAUGGUAUAGAUUGCUGAUAUUUUAACAGGUUUAUGAUUACAUAUGGAGAAUUCUUUGCACUAAAUUUGCCAGACAAAAAAUUAACAGACACAGCGUAAUACUCUGUUCCUUGCAGUGUCCAGGUACAAAAUAGGAUUUUUCAUACUACAAUAAACCAACUAGAGAUGAGUGGA